UUAGAUUGUCGAAAAUCUUGAAUCUUUUAAAAAUCCUACAGUUAAUUUUGAUAAUACUACUACAUAUCCAGAAUUAAUAUAAAUCAAAAUGCCGAGUGAAAUGAUAACGUUACAAUUAGGUCAGUGCGGAAACCAAAUUGGCUUCGAAUUUUGGAAACAGUUGUGUAUUGAGCACGGAAUAUCGCCUGAAGGCAUAUUAGAAGAGUUUGCAUCGGCGGGAUCUGAUCGUAAAGAUGUGUUUUUCUAUCAAGCUGAUGAUGAUCACUACAUACCACGAGCAGUUCUGCUGGAUUUGGAGCCGCGUGUUAUACACACGAUUAUGAAUUCACCCUAUGCUAAAUUGUACAAUCCUGAGAAUGUGUAUCUAUCUAAACAUGGUGGGGGUGCAGGGAACAACUGGGCUUCAGGAUAUGCUCAGGGGGAGAAAUUGAAUGAGGAAGUAUUUGAUAUAAUCAACAGAGAGGCUGAUGGGAGUGAUAACCUUGAGGGCUUUGUUUUAUGUCACUCAAUAGCAGGAGGUACAGGUUCAGGGAUGGGCUCAUAUAUACUGGAACACCUGUCUGAUAGGUUUCCUAAGAAACUUGUUCAGACAUACAGUGUCUUCCCAAACUUAGAUGAAAUAAGUGAUGUCGUAGUUCAGCCAUACAACUCUUUGUUAACUUUGAAACGUCUCACUGAGAGUGCAGACUGCGUGAUGGUUCUGGAUAAUACAGCAUUGAAUCGCAUCGCCAGUGACCGCCUCCACAUACAGAACCCAUCAUUUGCACAGAUCAACACGCUUGUGUCUACUAUUAUGAGUGCAAGCACUGCUACCUUGAGGUAUCCGUCAUACAUGAACAAUGACCUGAUCAGUCUGGUGGCGCCGUUGAUUCCUACCCCUCGACUGCACUUCCUCAUGACUGGGUACACGCCCCUCUCUGCUGAUCACGAACAAACCGCAGCUCCGAAAAUUCGCAAAACGACAGUACUAGACGUGAUGCAGCGGCUGUUGCAGCCCAAGAACAUGAUGGUGUCGCUCAGUCCGGACAGGGCCAACCAACACUGCUACAUAUCUAUAUUGAACAUUAUACAGGGCGAGGUGGAGCCGUCGCAGGUGCACAAGUCGCUGCAGCGCAUCCGCGAGCGGCGCCUGGCCGCCUUCAUCCCGUGGGGGCCGGCGUCCGUGCAGGUGGCGCUCUCGCGGCGCUCGCCCCACGUCACGGCCGCGCACAAGGUGUCGGGCCUGCUGCUCGCCAACCACACCAACAUCUCCUCGCUGUUCGAUCGAUGUCUGCAACAAUUCGACAAGUUGCGCAAGCGUGAAGCGUUCCUGGAGGUGUUCCGCAAGGAGCCCAUGUUCCGCGAGUCGCUGGACGAGCUGGACGCGUCGCGCGGCGUGGUGGACGAGCUGGUGCACGAGUACCGCGCCGCCGCCACGCCCGACUACGUGCACUGGAACCCAGAGAGCAGCCAAAUAUAACACAUACAGGCGACGGAAUGUUGGAUUCAUAUCACGAAGCUCAUCACCAGCAGAGUUUAAAGAAGAAUGCCAAAGAUGAGUCGUCAAAUCUAUAAUUCUAAGACGUUGACAAUUUAAUUUAUAACCAAGUGCCAUUAUGUAAUCUCAUUUAUACCCUGGCCGCCGCUGCCGUGACGCCUUGUUCAAAUAAAACGAGCUUUUUUUUUACCCAA